CUUUCUCAGAGAUGACGACCAAUCAUCAAGUUCACUUCCAUCCCUCCACAGUGAUCAGUCAACAGGCAAAAUAAUUGAUUUUAAAAAAUCUGACAAAAGCAACCCAGACAGGGAUCAAAGAUGGCAACGUCUGCAGCAACUGAGGGAACGUCGUCGAGUCCGAGAAGAAUGUUUUUUGGCCGACCUCCCACCUGAUUGCUUUCUCAGAGAUGACGACCAAUCAUCAAGUUCAUCUGAUCCAUCCCUCCACAGUGAUCAGUCAACAGGCAAAAUAAUUGAUUUUAAAAAAUCUGACAAAAGCAACCCAGACAGGGAUCAAAGAUGGCAACGUCUGCAGCAACUGAGGGAACGUCGUCGAGUCCGAGAAGAAUGUUUUUUGGCCGACCUCCCACCUGAUUGCUUUCUCAGAGAUGACGACCAAUCGACAUGUCCAUCUGAUCCAUCCCUCCUCAGUGAUCAGUCAACAGGCAAAAUAAUUGAUUUUAAAAAAUCUGACAAAAGCAACCCAGCCAGGGAUCGAGCAUGCCAACGUCUGCAGCAACUGAGGAAACGUCGUCGAGUCCGAGAAGAAAGUUUUUUGGCCGACCUCCCACCUGAUUGCUUUCUCAGAGAUGACGACCAAUCAUCAAGUUCAUCUGAUCCAUCCCUCCACAGUGAUCAGUCAACAGGCAAAAUAAUUGAUUUUAAAAAAUCUGACAAAAGCAACCCAGACAGGGAUCAAAUAAGGCAGCGCCUGCAGGAACUGAGGGAACAGCUUCGAGUCCAAAAAGAAAGUUUUUUGGCCGACCUCCCACCUCAUCACUUUCUCAGUGAUGACGCCCAAUCAUCACGUCCAUCUGAUCCAUCGUUCACCACACGUGAUGACGCCCAAUCAUCACGUCCAUCUGAUCCAUCCCUCACCACAUUGUAA